UGGAAGAAACACGCACGGCCACUCCGCUUUAAUCACGUCCAAUUUAUCCGACACUUCCAGAGAAGUGUAAAUGGGCAGACUAUAGAUGCUCAGUGCAUGAAGGCGACUUGACAGUGCAGACGAGCGCACGUCGCUUAAGUCUCACAUAUUACUGGUUGCGAUUUUUGAAUUGGAUUUCAACAGUUUUGCAACCUUUGAGAUAUUGUUAUUGUUUUCCUAGCCUUUUUUUUUUAAUUUUUUUUUAAAUUCACAGCCGAUAUGGACACCAUAUUGGACAACUUCGCUUCGGACAAACUUUUUCCCAAUUCCAACCUGUUGGACCUAGAGGAUCUGAAUGAGAGCGAUUUCUUAUCCAAUGUGCAUUUCUCCGAGCAGAUGGAGGAUUUCUCCAAUGACCUUUUCAACAGUUUCUUUGAUGAUCAUCUGUUGGCGGAGAGGAACCCAUUGUUGGAUAUGGAUCUGGACCCUCCAAACCCUGACAUCCAGGCAGAACACAGCUACUCUCUCAGCGGGGAUUCUGCCCCACAGAGCCCCUCUAUGCCCAUCAAAUCAGAUGAUGAUGCAGACUCAGAAGGGAUGUGGUCGUUCAGUCAGGAUCUCACAGCCAUUCUAGUGAAGCAGGAGCCCAGCCUGAUGUCAGAAAACUGCCCUGAUACAUCGCCCCCUCUGGCCAACACCAGCACCUGCUCACAUCCCCUCACUCUUGCCCCUCCGCCACAGAGAAACCACACAGGGGAGAAGAGUUCCAAAGGCCUGAGCUCAAACUCCGUUCCUGCCAUCAAAGCAGAGCCCAGAGAGGUGAACCAGUUCCUCAGUGUGCCCUCAGAUGAGCAUCUGCGGUUGCCGCCCACUCCUCCCAGCAGCCAUGGCAGUGACAGCGACGGAUCCCAAAGCCCACAUUCACUGCCACCAUUAAGCCCUGGCCACCUGCAGAGCCCACAUUCACUGCCUCCAUCCAGCCCUGCCCGGCUACAGGCCCGAACCUCCACAGCCAUCUCCUCGUCCCCUCUCCUCACCGCCCCGCAUAAGCUGCAGGGAACAUCAGGCCCUUUGAUGCUGACAGAGGAAGAGAAGAGGACUUUGAUCGCUGAGGGAUAUCCUGUCCCCAACAAACUACCGCUCACCAAAACUGAGGAGAAAGCCCUCAAACGGGUGCGCAGGAAAAUCAAAAAUUAGAUCUCUGCACAGGAAAGCCGCAGGAAGAAGAAGGAAUACGUGGAGUGUUUGGAGAAAAAAGUUGAGAACUAUACUUCAGAGAACAAUGAGCUGUGGAAAAAAGUAGAGACGCUCGAGAAUGCCAACAGGUCUCUACUACAACAGCUACAAAGACUUCAGGCUCUAGUGAGUGGAAAAGUGCCUCGGUCCUGCAAAAUCGCCUCCACGCAGACCGGAACCUGUCUAAUGGUGGUGGCGCUGUGUUUUGUGUUGGUGCUGGGCUCGCUGGCUCCCUGCCUGCCCGAGCUCUCCCUCUACUCUUCCUCCUUAUCCUCAUCAUCCUCACACACGGUGAAGUCUGCACCGCUGCCCUCAGGUGACCUCUACACCACCAGCCAGGUCCGCUCCCGCAGCCUGCUCUUCUAUGACGAGGGUGCCCCAGUGGAGGACGGCCACAGGCGCGUGCUGAGUGUGGAGAGGAUGGAGGGGGUGCCGCGACAUGUACAGGACCUGAAAGACAGCCAUGAGCAGGAUCAUUCUGCUCUUGUGAGCAGGUACUUGAGCCAGGCCCAGCCAGAGCCUGCAAGCUACAGCAACACGUCCGCGGCCCCACUCCGUCCCCCAGAACCACACUACCACUCGAGGUGA